AUGUUCAAGCUUCUACACGGGAAGUUCAUCAUCGCAAACCCCAUGCAGCCGGAUGGCGACACCAUCAGGUUCAAGCCUGACAACGUUGGUUUCGCCAAAGACCUGCGAGGAUCUCGCCCCAUCAACGAUAGAGGUGUCAAUGUCCGCUUAGAAGCUGUUGAUGCUCUGGAAAAAAACCAGGAGUUGAAGGGCGCUACAGCCGCUCGUGACGAGCUAUUGUGCAUGCUCGGGUUCAAGGAUGCGAGAUUUUCUGGCGAUCCCCCGUUCAUUGUCAGUUCUGACAAUCAAGAAGUCAGCGGGCAUGUAUUGUCCAACGGCUUUGACACCAAUGGCCGGCUGAUCGGGUUCGUCUACAAAGGCGAUGGCAGCGUGCACGGCUCGGAUGGCUCUCUCGUCUCCCUAGAUGAGAGCCUGGUAGAUGAAUCAGUCAACACCGCCCUGCUCUGUGGCGGUUAUGUCUUCCCGGCAUUCUAUGACACUCUUCCGGAGAAUCUACGCGCACAUUUGGCCACCAAGUCAAAAGCUGCCCGCAUGGCAAACAAUGGCGUCUGGUCACAAUCAAAGGGUUUUCCAGGAGAUCCGCUCAUCCUUGAGACGCCAAUCUUGGCAAGCCUGAGAGAGGCUGUCUUAUGGCCGAAGCUUUUCCGCCGUUUGGAAGAGUACCUCAAGUCAGACGGACAUAAAACUUUGGAUGGCUUUGAAGACUGGCUUCAAGAAGACCCUAAGUCGCGCGACGACGGCAUCCUUCUCAUCCAGAGCAACCCGCCUGACUCAGUCCGCCUGCACGAUGUGGUGAAGGCUUCUAGCAAUAGUGUUGAGCUAAAAUUCUGGCCCGAAGACUUCAUUAUCCAAGGCCACCCUAUCAACACAACCGGAUCCCAGCCGUGA